CACAAGGCGGGAGGUGUUCCGUUUUUCCUUCAGCUCUCAUCCGCCCGUCGGAGUUUCCUGCGUUUUUCGACUCGCUCAGGCAGCAGCAGGGCAAGUGGUCUCUUCUGAAGGUUGGCGCUGGUCGUUCCCCGAAUACAGACAGUUUUGUGUUGCCCGCCAAGGAUCACUCACCUUGGGGAGUGUGCAAACGGCCGUCGACCAAAUGUACCCUUUCGAGUGGCUCUUCUCCUCGUUUACCUCCUCCGAACAAUCAGAAGCACCAGAACCCACUCCUCCCACCCCACAACCACCCGCCCAAUCCCUCCUCCGAACCUCCUUCCUCGCCACCCACAGCGCCUCCUACAACUCCACCAUCGAACACCUCCUCCCCACGGAAUACCCCCAUCUCCACUCUCACACCUAUCUCGACCACGCCGGCGCCACCCCCUACCCCUCCUCCAUCCUCACCCAGCACACCCGCGACCUCCUCUCCUUCCCCUUCAGCAACCCGCACUCCGCCGGCAGCCCCUCAGCGUCCGCGACACAAGAACGCAUCACUGCCGUCCGUGGGCAGGUGUUGCGGUAUUUGAACGCGGAUCCGGAGGAGUAUGCGGUGGUGUUUACGAAGGGCGCGACGGACGCCGCGAGGAUUGUUGGGGAGGGGGUGGAUUGGGGAGGUGCGGGAGGGGAGUUUUGGUAUUUGAGGGAGAGUCAUACGAGUGUGGUGGGGAUUCGGAGCGUGGUGGAGGAUAGGGGUGGGCAAGGGAGGGCGAGGGUUAUCACUGCAGAGAGUAUCGAUGCGUUCUUAAACGCCCCCAAUGGACUGAGUGAGGGGGACGAGCACCGCCGCUUGGAUACCACUCAAUACAACCUCCUCGCCUUCCCCGCCCAAUGCAACGCCACAGGCACCCGGUACCCCCUCAACUGGGUCACCAAGUUCCGCCGCCGUCGCCACAACACCAACACCCUCCCCUUCCUAACCCUCCUCGACGCGGCCUCCUACCUCUCCACCUCCUCCCUUGACCUCACAGCGCACCCAGCCGACUUCACCAUCCUCUCCUUCUACAAAAUCUUUGGCUUCCCAACCGGUCUCGGCGCGCUCAUCAUCCGGCGAUCCGUCGCUCACCUGCUAAACAAAUCUUAUUUCGGCGGCGGGACGGUAAGCGCCAUCAGCGUAUCGGACGAUCCACAUUCCGCUUCCUGGCACGAACCGAAACAGGAUGUGGCAGCCCGUUUCGAAGACGGCACCCUCCCUUUCCUCCAAAUCCUCGCCCUCGCUCACGGUUUCACUUUCAUCGAAUCCACACUCGGCGGGAUUACCCGCAUCGGCACACACGCCCUCUGCCUCCGCGACUUCACACGCACCCACAUGUCCCAACUCACACACCCACAUACCACCACACCCUUGUGCGUCAUCUACGAGUCCCCACCUACCCUGGGCAGGUCCCAGGGCCCCAUCCUCUGCUUCAACCUCCUCACACCCACCGGCGCACCCAUCAGCCCGACCUCCGUGCUACGACUCGCGGCCGUGCAAGGGAUACAUUUACGCGCCGGGUGUUUUUGUAACCCGGGAGCGUGUCAGCAGCAUCUUUGCCUGACUCCCGCGGAUGUACGGAGGAAUCAUGAGCUGCAUGGGGUCGUGUGUGGAGGCGAGUACGAUAUCGUUGAUGGAACAUUCACUGGGUGUUUGCGGAUUUCGUUCGGUGCUUGUUCGAGUUUUGGGGAUGUUGAGAAUUGGAUACAGUUCCUCACCACCUACUACCUCUCCACACCGCCGACACCCUCACCCACCACGCCGCCGUCGUUGAAAAUAACAAUAACCUCCCUCCACCUCUACCCCAUCAAAUCCUGCGCCCCCUUCUCCCCGCCCUCCUGGCCCUUAACCCCAACAGGUCUCCACCUCGACCGCGCCUUCGCCCUCGUCGACGCACACAACACCCCCUUGACACUCAAACGAUUCCCCGCGAUGGCGAAUAUCCGCAUCUUGGAUAUCGACCUAGUGAAGGGUGUUAUGACUGUCAACGCCGGCGAGGAGCGGGGGGUGGAGAUUGCGUUGUGCGAGAGUGGAGAGAGGACGGGAGAGGUGGGGGUUUGUACGCGGCGGGUUGGGGGGAUCAUGCAAGGCAAGGGGGAUGUGGAUGGGUAUUUCUCAACGUUUUUGGGGGUGGAGUGUCGGCUUAUGAGGUCUUCCAGUAUAUCACCGCCACAACGAUCCGAGUCGGCGACGACACAACACCAAAAAUCGUUCGCAAACACCUCGCCCUUGCUCAUUACCACCCGCGCCUCCUUCGACACCCUACACGCCCAACUCCCCGCUGCCGUACGGGCAAAGGGGUCGGUGACACCCGCGGCGAUGCGGGCGAAUAUCAUCCUCAGCGGCGUCGCGGCAUGGGGCGAAGACGCCUUCCUCAACAAAACAUUACACAUCACGAAUCCGAAUCAGCACAAGGUGGAAAUUGGGGUUACGGCCCACUGCACGCGCUGCGCGAUUGUGAAUGUGGAUAAUGAGGGCGCCGUGGGGAGGGAGCCGUAUAGCACAUUGGGGAGGUGCAAGGAGCGUGGGGUGGACUUGCGGCACUUACUGUAG